AUGUAUGAUAAGGAGACUGGUAGGAAUAAAGGAUACGGCCGCGCUACUUAUUCGACACCUGCUGAGGCUAAUGCUGCCAUAAGAAGUGGAGAUGCCAAUAUGAUUGACGCUAAAUGUGUUGAGAUAAAGCCCUUGCUACGACCACCAACCAACAUUCCUGCUACGCCCAACACUAAUCGGUUCAAUAAUCACGAUGAUGCUACAGGUUAUACGAUGGAUGGCCCGUGCAAAGUCUUCCUUGGUGGUAUACCUCCAUCGGUUGAUGAAGAUAAGCUAGCCCAUCAUUUAUCCCGAUAUGGUAGGGUAGCAGAGGUUAGAAUAUACCGUGACAUGGAGACGGGCCGUCAUAAAGGAUUCGGCUUUGCUAUUAUGGGUGAUCCAUCACAGGCCAAGGCAGCAUGCCAUGGUGGCAAUAAUAACUAUAUCGAUUCCAAAUGGAUCCAGGUGAAGCCCUUCUGUAACCCUUAUGACCGGAAUGUAUCCGGCCCCAUGGAACGGCAGAUGAUGAUGCGGACGCCAGGUUCCAGGCCUCCUCCCCCUGCUACUACUACGACUAUCAAUCAGCCUCCACCCCCUCCACCAGCAGGAGCAGGAGGAGGAGGAGUACCUGCCACUUACGGUCGAGGAGUGCAUACACCCCCACAUAUGCAGUAUAAUGUACCACCAUUACACCAACUCCAAGGAGAUACUCAUGUAUACCGCUCUACUCCUACUACCCAACAACAGGCUAACGUUAUGACGGUAUCAUCAUUAAGACCGCAACAAGGUGCAAUGCAAUCCUAUCCACAACAACCGCAGCAGGGAUACGAGCUUAUAACGAUAAUCCCUACAUCCAUCAUACCCAAGAACAACAACAACAACAACAACAACAACAACAGCUAA